AUGAUCGAGCGACUCGAGAGGAGGUGGGGAAGAAGCCGAGGGCAGGAAUACAGCCCGUCCUUUGGCCCAAAGCAGCAGAGGUUGGCGCAGCCAAAACGCGUCUGCAGUACAGACAGGGAAUUUUUCACUUUCGCCGUCGCCGGCGGUGGCAAGUCCGAGUCGCUGGUCAAUGCUUUCCGUGGUGUUCGCAACAACGAGUCCGGCACACCUGCGACUGGCGUCAUCGAGACAACCAGUCCCACCAUCGCACGAUGCACGGAUCCCAAUCCGCAGAAUCCUAAGCUUGUCUGUAUUCCAACGACCAAGGGCUUCACGUUGUCGACUGUCAUUGUCGUCUUCGACAACCGGUUCACUGCGACGGAUAUCGCCCUUCUUCGCAACUGCGAGCCGUUCAAAAUUCCAUCGUAUAUCGUCCGCUCGAAAUCGAACCAGAACAUUGGCAAUGUGAUGCAGGAUAUGGGACAUGACAGUGACGAAGUAGAUCGGCUUGAUGUCUAUCGGAAGGCUCGUGACAAAUACAUUGCAGAAACCCGACGUAGCGUUGCGCAAAAUCUCGCCGAUGCACAGCUGCUCUUACAAAGAGCAUACAUCGUAUACAAGGAUGCCUUGGUGAAGUUUGUCAACCGGAAACCAACGAAGGGCAUAAUCGAUGGACUGGAGCUACCGAGAGAUCUGCUGAGGGAAACUCACAGCGGGAGGUGCAAGGUGUGA